GUCUGAGCUACAGUCGCUCUGCCUCUGGCUGUGUGUAUGUGUGAGUGUGCGUGUUGACUUUAGGAAAGCAGUAAAGCAGCUGUUUUAUUUUGACGUACUUUGGGAUUUUUGUCCGUGUGUUUUUUGGAGCUCAUCAGCAGGGCUACCCUUUUUAUAUUUUAACUGCAGUAUUAAUGUAUUAAGGACAGUUCAGGAGAUCUCAGGACAGCUGUAAGUGUAUAUGUGAGUGUCUAUUUGAGUGAAGGAGUUUUUGUUUGUUUAUUUGGGUUUGUAUAUGUUGUUGGUGCUUUUGAUCUGGGGCUCAUCAGCAGUUGCCAUCCAUUUUAUUUUAUUUGCAUUUUUGGGUCCUUCUUGACCGUGUGACUGUAAGGGAGAGUUUACUUAUUGUUUGUUUGGACUGUCCCUUUUAUUAGCAUUUUUUGAGUUUUCUGUUUGUUUUGCUUUGUUUUUGUUUGUCAUUUGUGUGCUUUAGUUUGUGUGUGUGUGUGUGUGUGUGUGUAUAUGUUUGAGUGUGUGACCAUGGCGGCAGAGAGUGUUGAGGAGACCCCUGAUCUGAAGGACAUGGAUGAAGAGAUUCUGUGGGAUUUAAUUAACGAUAACCGCCACAGUAUCUGUCUGGGCGUUCGGCCAUGCAUACUGAUCCCAUACCUGCGGCAAGUGCGCGUGCUGACGGACCUGGACGAGGAUGAGAUCCUCACCUGCCUCAAAUUCACCAACCGCAGCAUGAGGACGAGUCACAUGCUGGACCUGCUGCGCGUCCAGGGCCGAAAUGGCGCUGUGGCACUGCUGGACAGCCUGAUGAUCCACUACCCGAAUCUCUACACGCAGAUCACUGGCCGCAAGCCCAGCACAGAACCUUCCGGCUUCAGUGGGUUGAUAAAGUACUCGGAGCUGACGGAGUACCUGGUGCGGGCGGUGACGGGGAUGCAGAAGGAGCUGCAGAACGCUCGUGAAGAAGCGACUCAGUUGCGUGCACGUUGCUCCUCCUUGCAAGGGGAGCUCUCUCAGGCCGUGACGCAGGGGCAGGAAAGCACACGCCUGCAGGCGGAACAUGCGCGCCUGCGCACCACCCUCGCAGGCCUGCAUAGAGACUUGCUGCGGCUGAAGGAUGAGAAAUGUGAUCUGUAUGUGAGAUACGCAGCAGCAGUGGAGGAGAAAUCUGAUGUGAACAUCCGCUGCAGAGACUUGAACCUGCAGGUGUAUCAGCUGCAGUGCGAGCUGAAGAAAGCUCAGACUGAGACGGACUUUCAGAGGCAGCGGUCUCUGAGGAGGGUUUCUCUCAGCGAGACGCAGCAGCUGCGGGAGGAGCUCAGCGUGCUGCGGAGACAGCUACUGGAGGCAGAGAAGAUCACACCGGCAUGUCAGGACAUCCUGGCCCAGGAUCUGGAGGAGGCGAGAAACCGACGUUCUGAACUGGCCGAUCAGCUGAGGAUACUGCAUGAGGAGAACGAAGCACUUACGAGGGAGAGAGAUGAGCUACUGGAGGAGAAGGACUGUUUGGCUCUGCAGGUUCAGAAGUUAACACUUGACUGUGAGAUGUAUCAGCAGAAGAGCACUGUUUUCCAGAGCCAGUUGGGCGAGCUACAGGCUGAGCGAGACCGGGCAUACCUGGCACGCGAUGAAGCUCAGGUUCAGAUAGCCUGUAGUCUGGCCGAGAAGGACACAUUGAGGGGUCAGCUGGUGGAGCUGCAGGAGAAACUCUUCACUCUGAAGGCUUUCAGCAUCCAAGGAGAGCCAGACAAGACCAGAGACAGGCAGUUUAGUUGGGAGAGUGGCCAAAGCUCCAGCAGCGACUGCCCCCCCUCGAGUCCACCACCCCGCCCAAGGCUGCGCCGCAUGGACGCCGUCUCCCCCUCCUGCUCCAGCUUCGAAACCAGUAAACAGCUAAGCUAUGAGGGUUUUAACAGUGUCCGGUCCAGUAUGGUGGAGCCUCCUUGUUCAGAAUCUCUGCGCAGGAGAGAAAAAGACAUUGAGCUCAGUGACCACAGUAGUCAGGAGACAUCAGAUGAUUCAUCGUUCUGUCUGCUGGACAUUGAGAGUGAUUUUGUGUUCAUUCCUAAAGAUGAAGACGAGCCAAAAACUGCAGCUCCCCUGCCCGCUCCUUCGCUCUGUGCCUCUCUCACACGCAUCUGCAACAGCAGCCCCUGCCCAUCUUCUCCAUCCUGCACGAGGAGCGGCAUCAGGAGUGUCUCUCGGACGUCACCUCCUCUGUUUCUGGUGCGUUCUCGGCACCAGGCUCUGCGCAUUUCGGGCCGCGCGCUCACCUUUUCCUUCCAGGGUGAGGCACUGCUGAGCCAGCUGCAGGUGAUUGGGGGCAAUAAGACUGGCGUAUUUGUGCACCAGAUCACCAAGGGGUCAUCUGCACACACCGCCGGCAUCAGCCCCGGGGCGCAAAUUCUGGAGGUGAAGUGUGAGCGGGAUCAGCGGGCUCUGCGGAUGGUUCUGGAGGACUCCACUAUGGAGGAGGCGCUGUGGGCGCUGGGGCAGGUGCAGGGACCCUGCAGCCUCUCACUGCGACCCAAACAGGAUGCCUAUGAGAGUCUGCUGCAGCAGCUGAAGAAAGGCGAGGUAACAUCGGGAGACUCCUUCUACGUCCGUGUCAACAUGUCUCUGGUGGGGGGCGUUGACGGGGCCCUGUCUGUCACCUGCAACGACAUUCUACAUGUGACGGACACUCAUCACGGUCAGGAUGGCUCCUGGUGGGCCAGCCACGUCCACAGCUGGCAGCUGAUGGACCUGAAGAGUGGAAGUCUGCCUAAUUACUACAGAGCACAGAGGCUGUUGAUCAGAGCAAUUGAGGACAUGUCCUUCCAGCAGAGAACCCACAGAAAGGUGGAGCGGGCCCAGGUUCAGGGGAAGCAGAAGGCCGUGCGGAUUGUCAGUACGGGACGGCAGGGGAGGAAUCCACUGUGGGUCAGUGUGGAGGAGGACAGCAACAGCAAAAACAAGCCCACCGCUGAUGGCAGCAGCCCCCGUAGCUGUGUGACCCUGAUGCCCUACACGUUGGUGACCCCCCACUACCCCCCUGUCUGCCGCCCAGUCCUCCUGCUACCCACAAUCCUUGGACGCAUCCUGCACAAUCGCUUGGCGGACCAGGAGGGCUACCAGCUGUGUGAGCCAGAAACCCUCAAUGCGGCUGAUCACGCAUCCAGGAUACAGAAAGGGGAGGUGCUGGAGGAGUGCAAGUCAACCACACACUGCUGUUACACUGUACAGAGUGUGGAGAAGAUCAUGAGACGUGGUACUCAUUGUGUGCUGCCUCUGGGUCUGGACUGUGUGCGGCGGCUGCACCGUGCAGAAAUCUUCCCCAUCAUCAUCUUCAUGGCAUCUACAGAGCGCAGCGCACGCAGACUCAAACAUAAGCUGCGUCAGAAAUGUCUGACAGAAGCUCAGCUGCUGGAGUGUUCUCGCAGCGAGGAGCCACUGCUGGACAAACUGCCCUGCCUGUACCGCACCAUACCGCCAGAAAACUGGAGCGACAGCACCUCCCUGGUGGACACUCUGCUUUACGUGGUGCAAGAUGAGCAGAGGAAAAUCGUUUGGGUUGAGCCUGAUCUGUGGUGAGGCUGGAUUUACACUGUGAAGCCAAAUAUUCAGGUUUAAACACUUUUUUUUUUCAGUGCAUCACAUUAUUUAGGUGAGCUGUUCCUCUAGUUGAGAACAAAUUGGACAAAUCUUGACUGUAACAUUGAAAAAAAAAGAUUUAAAGGAUGAUUUUAAUAUUUUUAAAUAAGUGUAGGUCUUUCAAAGGUACUGCACAAUUCAGUCAUUAAGGUGUAAACAAAGUCCAAGCAAAGAACUGUUCGCAAGUUAUUACAUGAGGUUUUGGCCUAAAACACAUUUUUUACUCUAUUCCUGAUGGAGGGAUUAAUACAGAUUCAUAAUUCAGUAUUUUUCUAUAUAAAACUCGUGUGGGUUCACUGGCGGUCCUGGAUAGUAAAUGAAAUGUCUAUUUUUUUGUUGUAGUCAUGGUGACCCCUGGUUCCCAUCGCCGCC